AUGCCGUUCAGGCUGAUGCUGCGUCGGACACGGCGCUACAAUGUGCUAAGCAAGAACUACUUUGUGACGCGGAUUCGUCUGCUGGACAACAACGUGAUCGAGUGUACUCUGUCUGUGGAGAGUACGGGGCAGGAAUGUCUGGAGGCAGUGGCCCAGAGACUGGAACUACGAGAGACCCAUUAUUUUGGCCUGUGGUUCCAGGGGAAGGCCCAGCCCCAGUCCCAGCGCUGGGUCGAGCUGGAGAAGCCUCUGAAGAAACAGCUGGAUAAGUUUGGCAACGAGCCACUGCUCUUCUUCGGGGUCAUGUUCUACGUCCCCAAUGUGUCACGCCUUGAGCAGGAGGUCACCAGGUAUCAGUACUACCUGCAGGUGAAGAAGGAGGUGCUGGAUGGACGUCUCCACUGUACCGUAGAGCAGGGCAUCAGACUAGCAGGCCUAGCAGUGCAAGCUGACUUUGGGGAUUUCACACAGUUCCUGUCUCAGGACUUCCUCAGGGAGUACGUGCUCUUCCCAGUGAACUGGCCUCAUGUAGAUGAGGUGCUGGAGGAGUGGACUCAGAAGGUGGCAGAGGAACAUAAGAGUCACUGUCGAAUGCAGCUUGCAGAAGCAGAGUUGCUCUAUAUCAAGGAGGUAGAGAAGCUGGAUGGCUUUGGACAGGAGAGCUUUGCUGCUAAGGACACCUACACCAAUGACAUCUUCAUUGGUGUGUCCUUCAUCGGAGUCUUCGUCAAACACAGGAACGGCAGGUCCAUUAUGCACCACAGAUGGAAAGACAUUGGUAACAUAGCGCACAACAAGUCGGCCAUCACAGUAGAGAUAACCAGUAAAGAUGACACCAUCAUGUUUCACACGGAUGACAUAGAGCUGUCCAAGUACAUCGCUCGGCUCUUCACGGCCAGACACAAGUUCUACAAACAGAACAAGAUCUGUGCAGAACCCGCCCACUCCCCUGCACCUAUCAGGAGGCGCCCCACCUGGACCCACCGCCUCUCUCUGCCAAGGCCCCAGUCCUGUAUCCUCCAGCCAAUGCACUCCCAGUAUGCAGAGCAUUACCAGGACACACAGAGCUCUCAAGACAGCAUAUUCCAUGAAGACCCCUACUACAAGUCUGAGACUAGUCUGGACCGGUGUCCGGUCGAAUUCGGCUUCCGCAAUGGAACUGUUCCCAAUGGCAGCAUGUACAGUAGUCCCAGCCUCAGCUCCCUUAACCACUCCCAAACCUUCGUACAACCUUCACCCAUCUCCUCUAACCUCAGUAUCCCUGGCAGCGAGCUGAUGCGCCCCGACUACAUCCCGAGUCAUCGCCAUAGUGCCAUCAUCGCCCCUUCCUAUAGGCCCACGCCAGAGUAUGAAGCUGUGAUGCGCCAGAAGUGCCACAUGCUCCCCGCCCACCAUGACCUUCACAGCCAAUCACUGAGGAGUCUCAAUAUUAGUAAUGCCUAUGCAUAUCGUCAGCCAGAGGCGUUGGUUUAUAGCCAGCCAGAGAUGAGAGAGAGGGGCCCCUAUCCAGGACCUAACCCUUAUGGCCCUCAGGUCAGCUACAGUAAGCCUGUGAACCCUGCUCCUCACCUGGGCCCCGGAGCCAGUCAGGGCCCCUGCCAGUCUGCAUGUGGAGGAGGAGGGGGUGGGAGCUCCAUCUCUCACACGGUCAGCACGCCUGAACUAGCCAACACCAAACAGGGGGCUACUACAGGGAGCUACGGCGCUACGGCUAACAUGCUGAGGAACCACAUGUCGCGGCCGCCCCCUCCCUACCCGUCCUUCCGACCCGCCACAAGUACCCCGGACCUGGCCAGCCACCGGCACCACUGCAUGGGCGGCAGCAGCCCCGAGCUGGUCACCCGCAUGGUGCAGCUGUCUGUGAAGACUUUCCAGCCGGACAGCUCUGCCGUGGUGCACCAGUCUCUGCAGGAGGUUAGCGAACCGCUAACUGCGGCUAAGCACCGAUCAGCCCUGGGGAAGAGACACAGCAUGGAAGUGACCAGCAGCAUGAGGGGGGGAGGAGGGGGAGGAAUGGAGGGCAUGGUGGUUUUGAAGGGGAUGGCUGCCCCACUAAACAGGAGGAAUACUCUCAGAGAGCACGUGAUGCCACCCCAACCUCAGACCCAGCCUCAAUCACAACCCCCCCAACCCCAAUCUCACCAGCCCAAAGAGCUGCCUGUGCAGAGAGCCCCAGAGACCCCCAUCCCAUCCUCCACGGCGCAGGGAGUGGGCGGGGCCUACCAGCACCAGAAGACCCUCUCCAACGCCACCAUGCUGAUCCACAGCAGUGAGAGCGAGGAAGAGGAGGAGGAGGAGGAAGAGGAGAGGCCUGAGCUGGACGUUCAGAUCCCAGGUCUGAACGAGGACAUUAAUGCCCAGCUCCAGGCCGCCCUUGCCAAGCUCCCCAACAAGCCCCCUCCGGAGUACCCCGGACACCCUAGACCAGCCACCAACGCCCCCCUCCGCUCCCGCGAUCACAGCCACCCUCACCACCACAACCAGGGACACCAGACCCAGGGAACCAAGGACCCAAGCCAAGCCCAGGCCCGGGUGCUGAAAGCUGGGCAGAGUCAGGGCGGUGUAGGGGGUGGUGGCGGUACCCUGACCCGUGGGGAUCAGGCUGGGAUGAAUGGGGCAGUUCUGGGGCCGUCAAUCUCUGAGCCAGACCUGACCAGUGUGAAGGAGAGGGUCCGGAAGGAGCCAGUUAAAGAGAGGCCAGUGUCUGAGAUGUUCUCUCUAGAGGAUAGCAUAGUGGAGAGAGAGAUUGCACAGAGGACGCUGGAGAGACAGAAGAUGUCGGUGGACUCAAUAAAGAGACCUCUGAUGAUGGCGGCCCUCAACGGGCUCUAUGUCGCCAGGGUGCCUGUACCAGAGAACCCCCGGGAGGAUGGGGCCAAGGCUGCUGAUGAACGGUGUAAGACCCUAGAGUUGAAGUUGGAGGAGGAGAGGGUCUUCACGGAGUACGAGCAGAUCCCAAAGAAGAGGGCCAACUGCGUGGUCACCACGGCAACGCUGCCCGACAACGGCGAGCGGAACCGAUUCCGUGACGUGGUUCCGUACGAGGAGAACCGGGUGGAGCUGGUUCCCAACAAGGAGAACAACACAGGCUACAUCAAUGCUUCACACAUCAAGGUGAUGAUCAGUGGGGAGGAAUGGCACUAUAUCGCCACCCAUGGACCGCUGGCCAACACCUCUGCAGACUUCUGGCAGAUGGUCUGGGAGCAGGGAGUCAACGUCAUCGCCAUGGUUACUGCCGAGGAGGAGGGUGGUAGGUCAAAGAGCCACCGGUACUGGCCCAAGCUGGGCUCCAAGCACAACUCAGCCACCCACGGCAAAUUCAAGGUGACCACCAAGUUCCGUACGGACUCAGGUUGCUACGCCACCACAGGGUUAAAGGUCAAACACCUGCUUUCGGGCCAGGAGCGCACUGUGUGGCACCUGCAGUACACUGACUGGCCGGACCACGGCUGUCCCGAGUACGUCCAGGGAUUCCUCUCUUACCUGGAGGAGAUCCAGUCAGUGAGAAGACACACUAACAGCAUGCUGGACACCUCCAAGAGCCUCAACCCCCCUGUGGUGGUCCACUGUAGUGCUGGGGUGGGCCGCACCGGGGUCGUCAUCCUCACCGAACUAAUGAUCAGCUGCCUGGAGCACAACGAGAGGGUGGAGGUCCCUAUGAUGUUGAGUCACCUGAGGCAGCAGAGGAUGCUCAUGGUCCAGACCAUCUCCCAGUAUAAGUUUGUUUACCAGGUCCUUAUCCAGUUCCUCAAAAACUCCCGUCUCAUCUAAACCCUCACCUCUGACCCUUGACCCUUGACCUGGUCCCACAUGAGCUGACACAAGGGCAAUGGAAUACUGGUGCCGCAAAUAACCCCCCCCCCCCCUCGCAGUCCUAGAGGGCUGGGUAAGUGUGAAUAGCAUGGUGAUAGCCUCACUCAGCCCUCUGGUAUGGUAGGAGUUUCUGCCAUAUUGCAUACAUCUAUCUAGUCCUAUCAAAGACAGGGGAAAGUAGGUAUGUUUUCAUGUUUUCAGAUUUGAACACAGCCAGGGACAACUAAUAUAUCCCAACAGUAAUUAUACAGAGUGUAUAUUUCAGACCUCCACAUUUAAUCUGAAAAGCGUCCUACUAUUCAGUCUGUCUCUCUUCUUUAUCUUGGAGAGAGAGGCUUUUCUGUUGUAUUAGUGAUAGCCUCUCUGUCUUAUGUCUUGUCAAUGGAGAAACCUGAGAGAGAUACAGACCAGACUAGCAUUCUAGAUGUUAGCGUUUAAAGUCACAUGCUAAAUGAUGAGUGUUGGUCGUUUCUUACCUGAGUUUAAACCAGGUAAACCCAGGAGACAAUUAUCUCAGCAUUUUCACAUUUAUUCCUUUAAAACAAAUGCUAAUUGAAUAACUUUUUGGAAUAUGGUUCCCCAUUUGAUAAUAAUGGCAUUUCAAAUGUAAGGCUAAUGAACCCUUGUUAAUCAAAUUGAACCGAAAUCUAGGAAAAGGUUAAUGACAUGGCAUUGUUUUUCAUUGAAUAUAAUGCAGAGCUCUGUAUUGUUAAAAUGAGAAACUGUCAUUUUUUCCACUAAAUUAGAUGAUAAAGCUAACGUUACAUAAAUGUUUUUUCAGGUGCCACUUAAAAAAAAUACAGGACAUGGCACUGUUGGUUGUUAUUUCAAGUUAUGUAGAAUCAUAUGUUUUUCUAAGCUGUCAGAAACCUUUCUAAAUCUAUGGUAAGGCAGACAAUUGUAAGAUACAGUGAAGACUUGUCUCAACAUUUCAAUAUUUAAUAUUGUUGUAUUUUUUUUUUUUUUUUUAACUUUUAUUUAUUUAUCCUAAUACCAUCCUCAUAUUUUUCCUGAAUGUGGCUCAUUGGAGUGCAUGUUGACAGUCGGAUCAUCUUUGCAAAUAGUUCUGUGGACAUUUGAGUAGGAUGUGUCUAAAAUUGUCAUUGCCCUUCAAGUAUUCCACUCACCACUCACGUACUUCCAGAUAUCUCUCAUUCCUCAUUGUCUUGACUGGUAGUACAUCUAUUGUUCUUUUUCAUCCUCAGCCAACUUUUCAUGUACAUUACAGUAUGUCCAUUUACAAAGGCAUGUCAAAUACAUAUAUGUUUAUCCCAGACUUCCAUUGUAAUUAUCUCCUGUGUUCUCUCCCAAGUAGUUUCACAUAUUGUAGGCAUUCCUUCACCUUUCUUGAGAGAAACACCCUUUCUUUUCAUGAGUCUAAUGUACAACGCCCAAAGUUAUUUUAGUUCUAGAUCCUACAUGUGUGUAGUCCCAGAUGCCAGUAUGUCUCUGCUCUAGUUGACUAAAGCAGACUGACACUCAGGCUGCUGAAUGUUAUGUAGGCCCCAGUUUGUCACACUGUGCCACUCUACAGAGGAGUCCAUGAAAGUUCAUGUUGAAUAGAGAAGUUUGUGUUCUGAUAUGGUGGCAGUGAGCCAAAUCCAGAAGGACAGAUAGAGCUGAUCCCUAAGAUGGAGGACAGACACUAACAGUAGUAUUGUGCCUUAUUAAAGUGCAGGGAUGGGCUACCCGGAUGUUUGUUUCCAUAGGGAGGGACUGGUAGAGUCCAAUCAGUUUCCAUAGGGAGGGACUGGUAGAGUCCAAUCAGAUUCAGAGCUAUAGAUCUACAGUUUGGCAAACUUCCAUCUUGGCACCAAAGGUUCCAUUUAGAUUUGGUCUAUUUGAUAUAAUGGUAUUGUCUCUUGGUGCCAAUAUAGUGUCCAAUGUUUUUUAAUCUCAAAUUGAGUUUGCCAAACGGUAUAUCAAUGGCUCUGAAUUGAUGUUAAAUCUAUUUUGAUAUUAUAGACCAGCUAGAUAUGAUCUGUUUUAGACCGUAUAUUUAUCGACCAACAUGGGUUGUAUCUAGGGUUACAAAAAUCCAGGAACUUCAUUAAAUUCCCUGGUUUUCCAGAAAUCCUGGUUGGAGGACUCCGGAUUUCCUGCUUAUUCCCUCCUUAUUCUGGGAAUUUCUGGAAAACCAGGGAAUUUAUUGAAAGUCCCAGGAAUUUUGCAACCCUAGUUGUGUCCCAAAAGGUUUCAGUGACCAACCAGUCAAAGCCGCAAUGGCUGCCAUUCGUUUUUGUAUAACUGUAAAAUCUAUCUCUGUAAGGAUCUUAGGGCUCAAUUCAAUCUGUAUCGCUGAAGCUCUACAGAUGGCGUGAUUGAAAUUCAAUUUCCGAUUUAAGCCGAAAUCUGCAGCGUUUACCGUGAAUGCAGUCUCCUCUAAAGCAGGAAAAUUGCCUUUAAAUUUCAAUCACGCUGUAAUGCUGAACAUCCGCACUACAAAUUGAAUCCAGCCGUUAGUGUUCCUAUGUGCCUAAACCCAGCUAUGGCUGCAUCCUACAAUCUGUUAUGUUGUUUUUCUAUAUCUGUGAGAGUUGUGAUGCAAAGCCAGCCAUGUCUAAAUUAACGUGUGUAUACCGGGCAUGCGAGAAAGAUUUCUACAAAUGUUUUAUUUUUUUUGACUUGGUACCCUUAAAAUACCGUAAGAUAAUGAACUAUGCAUGCUUUUUUUAUAUUCCAAUGUAUAUAUCUAUACUCAAGAUACGUAUAUACGCUUUAUGUUCUCUUGACAUAUGAGUGUUCUAUUGCAUUCUCUUCUGUUUGUGAGUAUUUUCCCACAUUGCAUUAAUGUUAAUGUGUUAUUUUCCAUUUAAUGUUUCUGGCAUAAUUCCUGAGAAACUUUCAAUAUAUGUUGUGUAUAUAUGUUUUGUAUAUGCUUUUGCCAGUGCAUCAAGUCUUUUUUUUCUUCCUACCCCCAGUUAUGUAUGAAGCUGUCAUACUUGCUUAUUAUGCAAUAAAGCAUUAUUUUCUCUACA